GGGAGUCGCGUCUUGAAGUUCCACCGCGCAAACUUUUCUCGGCAGUGCACCGCUCUCGCUCCGGCAGCGCCCGUAGCAAGAGGGUCGGAGGAACGAAGCUCUCCCAGCAUGGGCCUCAUCGAAGGGCUGCCCCUGCACACCUACGGCCUGGCUGUCGUCGCUGCCCUGGCGCUCUGGGCAGUGUACGUCUUCUGCGGGAGGAAAAGGAGACCUGGAGAGCCUCCUUUAAUCAAAUCUUGGAUUCCUUUCUUGGGAGAAGCUCUGAAGUUUCGAAACGACUCUACUGGAUUAUUAUUGUCCUUCAAGCAAAAAUAUGGAGAUAAUUUUACUUUAUACAUGACUGGAAAAUAUAUUACAUUCCUAAUGAAUCCCCUGCAGUUUGGUUCUAUAAUCAGGAGCAACAAGCAUCUGGAAUUUGAAUUUUCAGAUCAAGCAGGAUCGAAGGCAUUUGACUUUCCACCCACUGUGAAUGAGAAAUUCCCAGAGCUAAAUGAGCACCUGCACAGGAUGUAUCAGUACCUUCUUGGCAAACCACUGGAUACUCUCUCGGACAAGAUGAUGAAAACCCUCCAGGAUCUACUUAAGGAGAGGUUUUCACAAGCAACAGAUUGGAAAAUGGAAAAAUUGCACAAGUUUUGCUUUACCUUAAUAUUUGAAGCCAGUUUUAGAACACUUUAUGGAAGUGAUCCAGAUAGUUGCAAUGCUGUUGAUGUAAUUGGAGACAAAUUUAUUAAGUUUGAUGCCAAGUUUCCCUUAUUGGCUUUAAAAGUACCAAUUGCAUUUUUGGGAUCAACCAAAAGGAUCCGGAAAGAACUCAUUGAUUUUUUUUAUCCUAAAAAAAUGUCAAAAUGCUUGGAAGUUUCUGAAGUGGUCCAAAACAGAAUGGAUCUGUUCGAGAUGUACAAGCAGCUUGGAGAGUAUGACAAAGCCGCACAUCAUUUUGCCUUCAUGUGGGCCUCUGUGGCAAACACGAUUCCAGCUACAUUCUGGGCCAUGUAUUAUCUUCUGCGGCACCCAGAAGCUCUUGAAGUGGUGCGUGACGAAAUUGACCAUUUGCUGCAGUCAACAGGUCAAAAGAUGGGGCCUGGAUACAGCGUAUGCCUCACUAGAGAACAAUUGGACAACCUGGUCUACCUAGAAAGUGCUGUAAAUGAGAGUUUACGACUGUGCUCAUCUUCCCUGAGUGUUCGCAGCAUCAAGAAAGAUUUCAUGCUCAAGCUGGAAGGGAAUCUGGAAAUCAGUUUGCGAAAAGGAGACUGGAUAGCACUUUUUCCUGCAACGGUGCACAUGGACCCCGAGGUUUAUGAAGAUCCUAAGAAUUAUAAAUUUGACCGUUAUGUAGAAGAUGGCAAGAGGAGAACAUCCUUCUACAAGCAGGGAAGGAAGCUGAAAUAUUUUUUAAUGCCUUUUGGCUUUGGAAGUAACAUAUGUCCAGGCAGGUUCUUCGCAGUUAAUGAAAUUAAAAUAUUUUUGUUUUUUUUGUUGAGUUAUUUUGAUGUAGAAAUAAUGGAAGAUAAAGAAGUUAGGAGUGACAAAAGUAGGAUAGGCCUUGGUAUCAAAUUGCCAGAUUCUGAUGUUAUUUUUCGUUACAGGGUAAGGUCUUAAUGCAAUAAUUUGCUUGCUGAAGUUAAAAAGAUCCUACUCAGAUCAUUUCUGUCUCUUUUGGCUUUCUUAGCUUUCUGAUGGGUUUACUAUUCCUUCUGAUAUAUUUCGUAUGGUAAUAUGGUGGUUCUGCGUACUUGCAGAGAAGUGCCAUAAUCAUUAGUCAGGAAGCAUAUAGGGUAAGAAUAUAAGAACUAUGUUGUCACAGACGAAUAGGCCAGCCAAUCCAGCAUUUGAUUCACACUGUGGCCACCAGCUGUCUGUAGAAAACCCCCAAGUAGGACAUAGCACCUUUCUGUUCAUGAUACCCAGCACUUGGUGAAUAGAGGUAUGCUGUGACUGACACGGAAAGCAACAUGUAACUACUUUGACUGAUACCCAUUGUUAGAUUGACCUUCUGUCUCAUUCUCAUUUAAAGUUAUCCUGUUGAUGAAAUGAAUUUUUAAACUUAUGCAGUGUGAAGAAGUAGUAUUUUUCUUUAUAUCUGUUCUGUAUUUCCAACCAAUCAACUUCAUGGAAUGAUACAAAGUUCUAGGACCAUGUGAGAAAGAGAAACAUUUCCCCCUAUCCACGUUCUCUACACUAUGCAUAAUUUUGUACAACUUGAAUAAUUAUGUACACAAAUGUAUAAUUCUGUAUACCUUGUACAUAUGAUUUUGUACAUGUGUAAUUCUGUAGCUAUGAUUUUGUCUGCCCUCACUCACCCAUUUUAUAAGCUAAAUAGGCCCAGGGAAACCUUUACUCACAGUUAGUCCUAUCCCACAUUUCAGUUGCCCAUUUUGUUCACUUUUUCCAAUUCUAUAAUAUUCUUUUUAGGUAUAGUAAACAGAAUUUCACACAAACAUGGUAGUAUCACAGAUCUGUACUAAGGGCAAUAUGAUAGUGCCAGUUUUAAUUGUAUUCCUUUACUGACAGACUGACUGAGUAAACUUUUUCUGUGAAUUUUUUAAACAUCUGACUGAACAAAUGAACACUAUAAGAUCUCAGACUGUGACUGUAGAGUUUUGGGGUUCAAGCUCCAUGUGUACUGCACCAGGCCAUGGAAUCAUUGGCCUGCCAAACAGAACAUGCUACUAAAGCAGAAAUCCCUCCAGGAAACAAAUAUACUUCCAGGAAUCAAGACCUAUAGAACCUUAUUGGACUUAAAUCAGAAUAUGCAUGUAUACAGGUUUGUUUAUAUCAUAAAGGUAAAGGUAAAGGUUUCCCUUUGACAUUACGUCCAGUCAUGCCUGACUCUAGGGGGUGGUGCUCAUCUCCGUUUCCUAGCCGAGGGAGCCAGCGUUUGUC